AUGGAUUGUAAGGUCUACGUUGGAGGACUUCCUAACGACGCUACAUCGCAAGAGCUCGAGGAUGCGUUCUACCGUUUUGGGCGUAUACGUAAGGUGUGGGUUGCACGUCGUCCACCAGGUUUUGCAUUUGUGGAGUUCGAAGACAGUAGAGAUGCUGAAGAUGCGGUAAAGGCUCUGGACGGGACAAGAAUUUGUGGUGUGCGUGCUCGUGUUGAGAUGUCUCAUGGUAGAAGUCGUGGAGGUGGUCUCGGUGGAUAUGGCGGACGUCGAAGCAGCGGACUACACUCGUCCGUCCAUCGCUUCCCCUUCUCUCAUCCAUCUCUUCCCUUCAUCAUCACAGCGCGUGCAUCAAAACUAUGGUCACCUCUACUCUUCACCUCGCGUCAUACUAUAGAUAUGCCUUUUAUAACCCUGACAAUUUGCAACGCCCAUCACUUCAUCGUGGCGUCUGUACUCGAGCUGGUCUUCAGCCAGCCAACAUCCCUCAGCGCCACGUCAAGUUGGUCAGUUAAUCCGUCGUAUAAUGGUCUGUAUAACAAGUUCAA